AUGCAGCUGGCACUGCGAGCAGCGGCUGAAGUCCUUCCUCUCGCAGAAGGCGCGGUUCUGACGGGUCCCUCGGGAUGGUCCCUCGGCGAAAAGGGGGACAGCCGCGGCCGAGAAGUGAAGGCGCUGCUGGCAGUGCUGCGCGGCAUCCACAGCGAGCUGGUGCCCACGGAGCGGGUGCUCUGGGAGCUCAUGGGCAAGCGGGAGAAGAACUUCGACGGCUCGGUGUCCAAGAAGGAGGUGUUGGACGCGCUGGAGGACUUGCUCGGCUUCCACGAGGAAGACGCCCGGGCAUCGCCGGGAGAGUUGGAGGAAUUGGACCGCCUGCGGCGCCAGUGCCAGCAGCGCUCCGUGGACAACCUUUUCGGGUCCGGGCGGCGCCAGGUGGUGGCGUUUGCCGACGUGCUCAGAUGGUGGUGGGACAUGCCGGAGGAGUACCGGGAGGCCGCAGGUCUAGCGGUGCCUGCCUCGGUGCUGCGGCAGAGGAUGCGCCGCCAGCCGGAGGAGAUGUUCCGGACCGCCUUGCGCCGGGUGGCGGCUGAGCCCGCCUUCGCGCGGCAGGCGCUGCGCGGGCACGUGCGCGCCUUUGCCGAGCUGCGGGCUCUGGCCGUGAGGCGAUCCAUCGAGAGCUUCUCCAUCCGCUCCACCGCGGAGUCGCGGACCACGACGAGUGACGCAGGGGACGUGAGCCACGGGCUCAGGCAAUCUCGCCUCAUUCGCCUCAAGGCCGGGCUGCGAAGCCGUGGGAUCCGUUGUUAG